AUGGACUUUGAGGAAAUUAUGGAAGAACUUUCUCCUGAAACUAAAGAAACCAUUAUUAUGGGAGAUUUAAAUUGUGAUAUGUCCAGUAAGAGAUUAAAUCAACUUAUCAAAUCAUCUACACAGAUUACAGAUCGCACAUCUAGCCUUAUAGACCUAGCAUUGACCAAUGACAGUGAAAAGGUUGUUUCAUCUGGCAUUUUAACGUGUUCAAUUUCAGACCAUUCGCUAAUUUUUAUUAUUAGACAAGCUAGAAGGCCAAGAGCCAGUUGUAAAAAUAUUCACUAUAGAAAUUUUAAAACAUUACAAGCCUCGUGAUUUUAUUGUAGACCUUCAAGCUGCGUCUUGGGACAUGAUUAACACCUCCCUUGCUAUAGAGGAUGUGUGGCUUGCAUUUAAAAACACUGUACUUUCACUAAUGGACAAACAUGCACCUAUUUGUUCUAAAAGAGUCUGUCAUGCCAUGCUGCCUUGGAUUACUGCUGAAAUUAGAAUAUCAAUCAAGAACAGAGAUUAUCAUCACAAAAGAGCUCAGAAAACUGGUUUACAAUCGGAGUGA